AUGGCGCUGCCCGGGGACCCCGCUGCGGCGCCGGCGUUGCGGCGCUUCACCUGGGAGGAGAUCGGGGAGCGGAACGGCCGCGGGCCGGGGCCGGGGCCGAAGGAGCGAUGGCUGGUGAUCGAGAGGAAGGUGUACGACAUCAGCCGCUUCUGCCGGAGGCACCCGGGAGGGGCCCGUCUCAUCUGUAGCCACGCCGGGCAGGACGCCACGGAUGCCUUUGUAGCCUUCCAUGUUGACAAGGCGCUGGUGAGCAAGCACUUGAAGCCGCUGCAGAUCGGGGAGCUGGCCCCAGAUCAACCCAGUAUUGAGCCCACUAAAAAUAAAAUGCUGGUGAAAGACUUCCGUGAAUUGCGUGCUACUGUUGAGAAAAUGGGACUUCUGGAGCCAAAUCAACUCUUCUUCUUCCUGCUCCUCACUCACAUCCUCCUGUUGGAUACCGCUGCUUGGCUCAUCCUCUUCUACUUUGGAACAUCCUUCAUGCCCUUUGUUGGCUCUCUGGUGGUACUGACCAUUUCCCAGGUCCAGGCUUCAUGGUUGCAACAUGAUUUAGGACAUCUUUCAGUAUUCAGGGCAACCAAGUGGAACCACUUGCUGCAUAAGUUUGUGAUGUGCCACUUAAUCGGGGCAUCAGCCAAAUGGUGGACUCUCCUGCACUCCCAGCACCAUGCCAAACCCAACUGCUUCCGGAAAGACCCUGAUAUCGAUAUGCACCCUUUCCUGUUUACUUUGGGGAAGAAGUUAUCUGUGGAGCUUGGGAUCAAAAAGAAAAAAUACAUGCCAUACAAUCACCAACACAAAUACUUCUUCAUCACUCUGCCUCCACUCCUGUUUCCCACCUACUUCCACUACCACACGUUUUACAUCGCAUACACAAAAAGGUACUGGGUGGACUUGGCCUGGAUGAUGACUUUCUACAUCAGAUUCUUUUUUAUUUAUGGAUCAUUACUAGAAAUAAAGAGUCUUGUGGCAUAUUAUUUUAUAUUCAGGAUGAUGGAGAGCAGCUGGUUUGUCUGGGUUUCACAGAUGAACCAUAUCCCUAUGGAUAUUUACUAUGACAAGAAUUUGGACUGGAUGUCUACUCAGCUCCAGGCCACAUGCAAUGUUGAGCAGUCCCUAUUCAAUGACUGGUUUACUGGGCAUCUGAACUUCCAGAUUGAACAUCACCUGUUUCCUACAAUGCCAAGACACAACUACUGGAAGGUGGCUCCUCUGGUGAAGUCCUUGUGUGCCAAACAUGGCAUCGAGUACCAAUGCAAGCCAUUGCUCACAGCUUUUGCAGACAUUGUCCACUCCCUGAAGAGCUCAGGAGAUCUCUGGCUUGAUGCCUACCUACACAAAUAA